ACGCUAAACAAUGCACCGUCUUUCAGUGCAGUAUCUGCAAACAACUCCAGAGGGAAGUCAUGUGUUGUCUGUAGAGCAUCUAUGCAUUGAGCAAUAUGUCCAACAUAUACACUCUGAGAGAAAUGUUUGGUGGCCAGUGGUCAUCUAGUGCACGACUCGAUGGCAAAACAGUCAUUAUAACUGGAGCAAAUACUGGCAUUGGAAAAGAAACCACAAGAGACCUGGCAAAACGCGGGGCCAGGAUAAUAAUGGCUUGCAGAGACCUUGACAAAGCAGAAGGAGCACAGAAUGAGAUCAUGGAGGAGUCAGGGAACCAAAACAUAGUGAUCAGGAAACUAGAUUUAUCUGAUACCAAGUCAAUCAGAGAAUUUGCUGAGGUAAUCAACAACGAGGAAAGUUCUAUUCACAUACUCAUUAACAAUGCUGGGAUCAUGAUGUGUCCCUACUCUAAGACAGCAGAUGGUUUUGAGAUGCAGUUUGGUGUCAACCACUUAGGUCACUUCCUGUUAACCUUCCUGCUGAUUGAUCUGCUGAAGAGAUCUGCCCCCUCAAGAAUCAUCAUCCUUUCCUCCAUGGCUCAUAGUUGGGGGACAAUAGCACUUUAUGAUAUCAAUAGUGAGAGGAAUUACCACAGUAGGAGGGCAUAUGGUCAGAGUAAAUUGGCCAAUAUCCUUUUCACUCGUACCUUGGCCAAAAAACUUAAGGACACAGGUGUUACAGCAUAUGCAGUCCAUCCAGGAAUCGUUCGGACAGAACUUAAAAGACAUAUGAAUCUCGGACUUCUAAUCAUGUGGAAGAUUGUCAGACCUUUCACAAAGACCCCAGUGCAGGGAGCACAAACUACCAUCUUCUGUGCAGUGGAACCAGAAUUAGACAAAGAGAAUGGUGGUUACUACAGCAACUGCAGACCUUCCAGAUGCACCAGAGCUGCUAGAGAUGAUGAAAUGGCUGAGAAACUUUGGGAGCUCAGCUGCAAAAUGCUGAGAAUAGUCUGGGACUAAAUCCAGUGUUUUCCGUAAACAAUUCAGUAUAUCCAUUUUUAUUUACAAUUAAUUCCAACAUGAACACCCAAGGAAAAAUGCCAUGACACAAACUCUUAUCAACAAAUAUUUAUUUCACAGUAGGUUGAUUUAUUUUAGUUAGAAUUAGAAUAAUUAAUUUUUCCCCAUUCAUAGACCUCCAUUUUGCAUUAUCAGAUGUUCUAGACUCUUGAUAUAAGGACAUUAUACGGUGAGCAUGUAACAACUAUACACUGAACUUAAAGUCAAUUUUAGCUGUUUGACCUUCCACAGGUAAUAUUUCCUAAAACCACAGACUAAACAUGUUUGACAGAAUCAAUUACCCAAAUACUGUAGUGUUUGUUUAAUCUCUUUUCAAUAUGGUUUGGUGAUUUCUCUUUUUUUUUUUUUUUUUGUAAAAUGUAAUCUGUGUUAAGUUUUAAUGAUGCAAAUCAGUUGAGGAUAAUGUAUGUAUGUAUAUUACAACCUGUAUGCAUAUUACAACAUCUUUUGUGCUGUACGGAAUAAUAAUAUAAUAUAACACUGUCAUAAAUUUAUAUAGUUAAUCUAUACAGUUUAAUAAACUUGAUCAUUUGUAGAGGUGAUGCAAUUUUAUUUGAUAUUAGCACAAUAAAAAUAAUCACAUUUAAUGUGAUAAUGAUGACAGCUGCCUUUCGAUACACUUAUUCAUUGUUGUACAUCAUAUUUUUACAUUGCGCUCUUCCUCAAUGUUAUUGUGCUAUGAUAUUAAUACUGCAUUAAAAACAGCAUUUUUUAAUGUAAAAGACACCCUCAAAAUAAUCAACCAAUUCAAAAAAUAAAUAUUUUCAAUUUAACACGUAACACACUGCUAAAUGGGCUUACCCAUGGAUCUACUGUUUGUCAGUGUUUCAUGUGACCUAAGAAAAACAUGAAUCUACAGGACCAACAAUGGCACAAAAAUGUAGGACAACAGCACAUUGUUCACU